AGGGUAUAACGGGAGACUAACGAGGGUUCAGCAGGCUCUCAGCCCCUCAGCCCCAACGUGCUUGGAAGCUCCAAGGUUGACGGUAAAGACUCCGCCGCCCCUCUCUCUCUCUCUCUCUCUCUCUCUCUGAAAUCGCAGGGAGGCUGAGAAGCGGAGAAGACAGAGAAUCGAUUGGUCUUUUUCGUGCUUGUGGAAGCAAAAGCUGCGGGGAUUUUGGUUUCGAAAUCAAGAAAAGCACUUCCAAAAUGGUUGCGAAACAGUAUUAAUUAUUCGUGUCUUCAGGAUGGAGUGGAGAAUUGCAUUAGAUUUGCAUGAAAGUGAAAAUCUUGCUAGUAGAAGAACUUUGAAAGUUGAAACAGACACUACCAGUGGUUUAAGGAAAGUGCUCCACUGAUAUUAGCUCGCUUCAUAUAGAUUAAGGAGCUCUACUGGCACCUUGUCCUGGUUAGGGCACUUUUGAGAACACAAACCAAAGUUUGUAUAAGCAUUUUCAUGAAAUUGAAAAAUUUUAAAUGUGUGACGACUUUGUUUAGUUGAUUGAGAGUAAGAAUGCAGCUUUGAUCAGGAAACAUAUGUGACUAAGAACCCACUUAGACUGGUGAUGUUUUAAUAAACCGUUUUUGUUUACAACAUCUCUGUUUUUGUUGCUAUGGCUAGAUGCACCUGCAGAAAAAAAAAAGUGCAGGACAAAGUCUAAUCCUGUACAGUAUCUAGCAAAAGCACACAUGCACACAUAUUUGAUGUCUAUAUUGCAGCAUAUCCAUGGCCAUAGCAGCUGGGAUUUUACCUGUCAUUCCUUUGUCAUUUAAGCUAAAAUUGUAUCUUAAUCAUUUAGCUGUGUUUUCUAGUUCAUAAUGCAUGUUUGACUGGCUUGUCUUGCGACAUACAAGGCCGUACCCAGUGCACAAGGCUCCCACUUUGAGUGGGGUCUGGGAGAGGUGGAUGUCAGCAACAUACAUAUAUUUUUAUAUAUUUGAAAGACUUGAUAUGGUGCCUUUAAUUUUUUGCAUUCUUUUUGUUUUUUAUUUUUUUUAAUUUGUUCACUCUCCACUGGAUGCAAAACUGUGUUUUGCCAAGACUUCCAUCAUUUUAUUUUCUGAUGAUUGAAUUGUUUGAUAGAUUUGUGUUGUGUGCUUGACAACAUCUAUGCACUCCAUUUGUGCUCUAUUUGCUCGUCUAUUGCUUUUUUAUAUUAUAUUUAAAAUUUUAGACUGGCUAAUGAUCAAAUGAAUCACUGUUUUUUCUUUCUAGUAAUGCAUGUCUCUUGUAACUGCUUGUGAAGGUGUAACUGAAACUGAAGAUUAUGUUACGAACAAAGCCUAUUGGCACCCUUUCCAAUUGUGCUAGGUCCAUUUUCCUUAGUGGAUCAAGAUGUAGUGCAGCAGAUGGAAGUUCAUGCAGUUGCACUGAUGAUGAUAAGUGUAUUUCAAGAAAGCAGCAUACAAGAAAUGAAGUUAUACUUCCACAAAAACCGUCCACCAUAGUAUCCAAGACUUCAGCCAGAGUUGGGAAACUGAUUUCUGGCAAUUCAUCCAAAGUGGUGGGUUGUCAUGAUGCAGAGGGUGUUGACUACCCAACUUCUCUAUCACAGGCUGUACCAACCCAUGGCUCUUUGGGAAGAUCAGAUAGUAUCAGUGGUGUCAGUAGCGUUGAUUCUGUUCAAAAUGAUGUGGUGCGGUCAUCACAUGCUGAUCAAUUUGUUAGAGUGGGUAUCGCUGCAGCUGGUUUUCUGUCAGAUAUAGUAAAUUAUAAGCUGCCCAUGUUAGAUGGGAGUGGAAUACUCAAGUCAACCCAGAACUGUAUGGUUGAACCCACUAAAUCCCCCUCCAACAGUAAAUCAGCAAAUGUAAAGCCUGUUAAAAGGGAGGACUUUUCUGCAGUCAAUAAAAAACCAACUCCUGAAAUGAAAGCAGGGCCAAACCCUACAAGUAAAUAUCAUGGUACAAAAAGUAAAAGCAAUAAAUCUGGUUCAGUUAAAGGAUCUAACCGUUUCCCAAAAACUAGGAUGGGAAAUUCAGUAGAGUCUUGCGGUAAAUCAUUAGAUACUUGUGAUAAGGUCAGGCCUAUGCCCCAGAGACCAAAAGCUCAUCCUAACCGCUUCAUGUCAAAUUCAAAUUCUUAUGUACAGAUUUCAGACAAUAAGGGUGUUGGGGCCAUUAAAGAAGGCUUCAAUAAGCCCCGAAGAGAUACAAAGAUGCCUAUGGGAGUUGCUCCAAUGGCUAGGCAGUUAGCAAGCUCUGGCCAUGUUGUGGAAAGUGCUUCUCAUAUCUUGAGGCAGCUCAAGUGGGGCCCUGCAGCAGAAGCAGCUCUUGGUAAUCUCUGCUGUUCUAUGGAUGCAUAUCAAGCAAACCAAAUUUUAAAGCAGCUUCAAGACCAUUCAGUUGCUCUUGACUUUUUCUAUUGGCUGAAACAGCAAGCUGGGUUCAAGCAUGAUGAGCAUACUUACACGACUAUGGUUGGCAUCCUUGGCCGUGCCCGACAGUUUGGUACCAUAAACAAAUUACUUGAUCAGAUGGUCAGGGAUGGUUGUCAACCCAAUGUUGUGACAUAUAACCGUCUGAUUCACAGUUAUGGCCGAGCAAACUACUUGAAUGAUGCAAUCAAUGUUUUUAACCGGAUGCAGGAAGCAGGUUGUGCUCCUGACCGUGUCACUUAUUGCACACUAAUUGACAUCCAUGCUAAAGCUGGGUUUCUCAACAUUGCAAUGUGCAUGUAUCAAAGAAUGCAAGAAGCUGGCCUUUCUCCCGACACAUUUACUUACAGUGUUAUUAUCAACUGUCUUGGGAAAGCUGGACAUUUGACUGAUGCACACAAGCUAUUUUGUGAGAUGGUUGAUCAGGGUUGUGUUCCUAAUUUAGUUACAUACAAUAUCAUGAUUGCUUUGCAAGCAAAGGCAAGGAACUACCCAACUGCUUUGAAACUUUAUCGUGACAUGCAGACUGCUGGGUUUAAGCCUGACAAAGUUACUUACAGCAUAGUGAUGGAGGUGCUUGGCCAUUGUGGGCAUCUUCAGGAAGCAGAAGCAGUUUUUGCUGAGAUGAAAUGGAAAAACUGGGUACCUGAUGAGCCUGUUUAUGGUCUGCUAGUGGACUUGUGGGGAAAGGCUGGGAAUGUGGAGAAGGCUUGGGAGUGGUAUCAAGCCAUGCUCAAUGCAGGUUUGUGCCCCAAUGUGCCGACUUGCAAUUCACUGCUGAGUGCAUUUCUAAGGGUCCAUCGGUUGUCAGAUGCUUAUAAUUUGCUGCAGAGCAUGCUGGCUUUGGAUUUAAACCCUUCUUUGCAAACUUACACCUUGCUCCUCAGUUGCUGCACAGAUGCACAGACAUCAUUUGAUAUGGGCUUUUGUUGUGAGCUCAUGGCAAUAACAGGCCACCCUGCCCACAUGUUCCUGCUGUCCAUGCCAUCAGCAGGCCCUGACGGCCAGAAUGUGCGGGAUCAUAUGAGCAAGUUCUUGGAUUUAAUGCACAGCGAGGAUAGAGAGAGCAAGAGGGGUCUUGUGGAUGCGGUGGUAGAUUUUCUUCACAAGUCAGGGCUGAAGGAAGAGGCUGGCUCGGUGUGGGAGGUGGCUGCACACAGGAAUGUGUAUCCUGAGGCAGUUAAGGAAAAAAGCUCGAGUUAUUGGCUUAUUAACUUGCAUGUUAUGUCAGAUGGAACUGCCAAGACUGCAUUGUCGAGGACAUUAGCCUGGUUUCAUAGACAGAUGCUUAGAUCUGGGAUCAGUCCCAGCCGGAUUGAUAUCGUGACAGGGUGGGGGCGGCGGAGCAGGGUUACAGGGUCUUCUCUGGUUAGACAGAAAGUGCAGAAGCUGCUGGAUGAUUUUAGUUUCCCAUUUUUCACUGAGAAUGGUAAUUCUGGUUGUUUUAUAGGCCGUGGGGAGCCACUUAGCAGAUGGUUAAUCCAACCUUGCAUAGAGCGGAUGCAUCUACUGUAGUUACUGUAAUUGUCAAAUGGCGUUUCUGCCAUGUUCAUUUUGAGUGAAUGUAGGUAGUGUUAUUGCGGACAAGGCAAUGGGAGCAGCCUUCAUGCAUAUUCAUCUGUAGUAGAGUUUUUCUGCAUGCCAAAUUUUAAAAGUAGGGAUCCUUAUUGUGAA